AGAUAGUUUUGUAUUCAUUUCAAUGCCGGAGGGUUCUUAAUCUUUCAAUCCAUUCGGCUGAGGUUACCUUUCCCUUGGCCAUAAUCACCCAAAAUAUAAAAAAAAAAAGGAAAAAGAACCUUCAUGGCAAAAAUUCAUAAUUUCUACCUUUUAACCUGUUUGGUAGUCAUGAUACCUACCUUGUAUGCCAAUGUCAAAGAGGAUGAAGCAUAUUGGAAGAGGCAAAGUGAAGUACUUCUUGUUGAUUCAUAUUGGCAGGAAAGAGCAUCAAUUGCUGAAAAAGAGAACCAGCAAGCUUAUACUUCUGACCCAUAUUCACUCACCAAGAACUUGACCUUUAGUGUUAGCGAAAUCAUAAUAGGUGAGAAGAAUGGAAGAAGGAAUUUGAGGGGAAGAGGUGGUAAAUGCAUGGCAACAAACCCAAUUGACAGGUGCUGGAGGUGUGAUCCCAACUGGGCAAACAAUCGCAAGAAGCUUGCAGAUUGUGUGCAAGGUUUUGGAAGAAACACUAUUGGUGGAAAGAAUGGUCCAUUCUAUGUGGUAAACAGUAGUUUAGAUAAUGACAUGGUGAAUCCUGCUCCUGGUACCCUUAGGCAUGCAGUUACAAGAAGUGGACCCUUGUGGAUCAUCUUUGCUCGUAGCAUGAACAUUAGGCUCAGCCAGGAGCUCAUUAUGACAAGUGACAAGACCAUUGAUGGAAGAGGAGUUGAUGUCUACAUUGCUAAUGGGGCUGGUAUUACCAUCCAGUUCAUCAAGAAUGUGAUCAUCCAUGGAAUCAAAAUUUUUAACAUUCAGGUUGGCAAUGGUGGACUUAUUAGAGAUUCUGAGACCCACUAUGGUUUUAGGACUUAUAGUGAUGGUGAUGGCAUUUCCAUCUUUGGCUCCAGCAAUGUUUGGAUUGACCAUGUUUCCAUGAGAAAUUGCAAAGAUGGAUUGAUAGAUGCCAUUCAGGGUUCCACUGCUAUUACCAUCUCUAAUGGCCAUUUCACAGACCACAAUGAGGUGAUGUUGUUUGGUGCUAGUGACAGCUAUGAUGGCGAUAAGAUAAUGCAGAUCACAUUGGCAUUCAACCACUUUGGCAAGAGAUUAGUCCAAAGGAUGCCAAGGUGCAGAUAUGGUUUUGUCCAUGUGGUUAACAACGAUUACACUCAUUGGGAAAUGUAUGCCAUUGGUGGUAGCAAGCAUCCUACCAUUAUUAGUGAGGGCAACAGAUUCAUAGCCCCUAACAACGUAUAUGCUAAAGAGAUAACAAAGAGGGAGUACUCACCGGAGCAAGAGUGGAAAAACUGGCAAUGGAGAUCAAUCAAUGAUGAGUACAUGAAUGGAGCAUUUUUCAGAGAAGGUGGUUCUCAGAUAACAGACAGGCCGUUCUCAAGGCAGGACAUGAUAACAGCAAAGCCUGGAUCAUACGUGGGAAGGCUCACUCGUUAUGCUGGAAGCCUUAGGUGCAUUGUUGGAAAGCCUUGUUGAUUAGUCAUAACCAUUAUUUGCCAAAGGAAAGAACAAAACAAGAAACCAAGCAAUCAAGCCUUGUCAUAAUUUUCCCUGUCUGCUUUUUCCUCAGUUUGUUUGAAAGAAAAUAUGUUCAUCACAAAAUUCUUUUUCUCCAUGUAUUCAUUGAUAAAUUGUAAAUGGAAAUUACACCAAAAUUUUAUUAAAUGGAGAUGUUUCCCUGGAUUAGCAUGUGA